UUUUUAAAUAUUCUUUUUUAGAUUAAGCAUAUGAUGGCUUUCAUCGAACAGGAGGCCAACGAAAAGGCUGAAGAGAUUGAUGCUAAAGCCGAAGAGGAGUUCAACAUUGAAAAAGGGCGUUUAGUACAACAACAACGUCUUAAAAUUAUGGAAUAUUACGAAAAGAAAGAGAAACAAGUUGAAUUACAAAAAAAGAUUCAAUCAUCCAAUAUGCUUAAUCAAGCCCGUUUAGAAGUUCUGAAAGUGCGCGAGGAUCACGUAGCUAGUGUUUUAGAAGAGGCACGUAAACGACUCGGUGAAAUCACUAAAAAUAAAGCGGAAUAUAAACAAGUCUUGGAGAAGUUAAUCUUACAAGCCUUGUUUCAAACGAUGGAACAAAAUGUCAUCCUACGUUGUCGUCAGGCAGAUGUCGAUCUCAUUAAAGAAAUCUUGCCAUCUGUCAUUAAUAAUUAUAAAGAAAUUAUAGGAGAUGAUAUCGAAAUUGCCGUUGACAGGGAAAAUCAUUUAUCUUCCAAUUUGUGUGGUGGCAUUGAAAUAAUUGCUUUAAAUGGGCGUGUAAAGGUGCCAAACACGUUGGAAUCGCGGUUGGAUUUGAUUGCGCAGCAGUUAGUGCCCGAAAUACGUAAUGCUCUGUUUGGCCGUAACGUCAAUCGAAAAUUUGCGGAUUAAGUAUCUCGUUUACUUGUUUGCUUUUUUUAAAUUGAUUUUCUUCGUUUUUCUGGAACACUACAAAAAUUUUAUUUUGAAAAAUUUAAUAGAAAACAAACGAAAAAAAGAGAAAACAGCCAACAAAAUGGCUAAUGCUCCUAGCAAAAAAUUAAAUAAAAAAAAAAACUAACCUCAGCAAUAACUAAACAGGUGUAAUAAUAACAAGGAACCGAACACAUAACAAAAACCCUGUAAUUAUCUAAAAUUUUGUUUUGGAAGUAUGUUUGAAAUUUUUGAAUGCAGUUUUCUCACUUCAUCCAAACACACGCAUUUGCUAUUUUUAAAGCUAUAAUGAACGCAAAAGUACCGAGAUAUAAAAAUAUGGAAACAGUAAUGCACAAUAAAUAAUGUAUACAUACUUAUAAAUUAACAAAAGUGGAAAACAUUUAGGUGAAAUAUUUGCAUAUACAUAUGCAUGUUUGUUUCAAUUUAAUCCUACCAAUAUACGUAUAUGAUGCUUGUGUUGAAGAAUUAAUUGUUGUAAAUAUAAGAAGGAGAGAAAGUAUUUGUUUUUUCGAAAGUAAGCUUGUAAAAGCGAUAAAUUUUAAAAUAAUAAAAUUGAUAAGCACAUAUAUAUAUACAUACAUAUGCUUAUCAGUUUUAUUUUAUAAUUACAAAUUAUGUUCAAAAAUUCUUACAUUCCUGUACAAAGUUAUCUAAAUUACUGUAUAAAGUUUAUUAUUAUGUUACAAUGAAAAAGUAUAGAAAGAUCUUGUUUUGCUUUCUCGAUAUGUAAACCUUUUUUAUUAUCACUUUUUAAAUUAAUCCUAAAGUUCAGCUGUGUCCUCACGCACCCUUUAAAAUAUGUAAAGUAAAACUGCCAACUUAAAAAUUUUGCACAAAAAAAAAACGAUUAAGGAAUAGGUUGUCGAUGUUAAAACUUUUUUAAGUGUCAGCAUCCUUUAGAUUUUUAUUACUGAAAUUUAAGAGAAUAUUUAUUCCACUAAUUAAGAUCUAAAGACUUCUAAAAGCAAAAUCGCCAACCUAUUUAAAUGGAAAUAUUCAUUCCUAUAUUUUGACCGUAGCAACCUAAGGGUAAGGGCGGAUGUAAAUUAUCCUUGUCUUUAAAGGCAACUGUCUAGUACUAGUUGUCCCUAACCAAAAAAAAAGGAAUGAGCUUUGUCACUUUAAAUUCAGAAACUGGGGUAAUUAUUGUUUUUUUUUUUU